GUUGCAGCAGUCAUUACGGAAGGCCUCCGUAGAAUGCCAGCGGCUGUUGGAACAGCACCAACGUAGUGCUCUGCUUCAUGCAGCUGAAACUGGCAGCAAUGCGGAAGUCACUGACAGAGCAGCAGCGGAGUCAACAACACGCGUCACGGACACCCUGUUACACCUGAGACAGACCAUGUCGUCACAGGUAGCUCGUGAUGAGGAUAUCCUGGAAGUUCUCGGUAACUCGUCCAAGACUAUUCAGAAUGUUGAUGGUGACCUACGUGGAGUGGGUAGUCUUGUGGCCCAGAGCAAGCAUCUGGUGACUAAGUACGGUCGUCGGCAGGUCACUGACUGCAUUCUCAUUACACUGGCCUUUCUCAUCUUCUGCGCCACCGUGCUCUAUAUCCUGCUCAAGCGCAUAUUCUAAUCCCGUGUGUGAGUGUGUGUGUGUGCGAGAGAGAGAGAGAGAGAGAGAGAGAGAGAGAGAGAGAGAGAGAGAGAGAGGGAGAGUGUGUGUGUGUGUGUGUGUCUGUGCAUGUGAUGUGUGUUGUUAUGGCUCCAGACCCGCUCACAACAUACAGUGAGUGAGUUAUAAUUAUGUGUGGUCGUGUUUCUUAGUUCAGAGCUUAUAGAAGAGUCCUAGUUGCAAACUGUCUUUACUCAAAUUUCUUGUACAGUACUUGAAAAAUAGCCAGUAUUCUAGUAGUCUUCUAUCUCCGAUGACUGGUUUAGCAUUUAGGUCAUCGCCAUUCCAGAAUGUUUGACCCUAUGUUUGCGCGACGUGCUGUUUCGAAAAUUGUUUAUUCUGUAACAUAUUCAAACGCGUAAGGGAUAAGAAGUUAGCAAAAUUAUUUGAAUGCACCAUGUGUAUCGUCUAUCAAACUAAUCUAUUUUUUUUAUCCUUUCUUGAUAUUUUCGCUGUUGAGACUACUUGCUGUAAAUGCUGCUGUUCUUCGCUUCCGCUUUGUACAUUGCUGCUGCACUGCUCUGUUGUAGCCGUUGCUCUCAUGUGCUUAUGUUGUCUUGACGUUUUCACUGCGGCUUUUUUAAGUUAUUUUUACAUUAACGUCAUCAAA